AUUGAUGUUACAAAUCACAGACAUUAUAAUGUAUUGUACUUUAGUUUAAAUGGAGUCCUAAGAGAUUACAUUUUUUCUAUAAUUGUUGAAGAUUACUCGUAUAAUUCCAAUAUAGAAAAUGAACAAUCUCUUGAUAAAACUCAAAUGUUCCAUUCAACAUAUAAUUACACCAUUCAAAUGUUUCAAAUAGAGUUUUUUGUUGAUGCAAACACUCAAGUUGGUGAUUGGCCAUUCAUAUUUAAUACAGAAUACGUUACUUUACACAGCAAUGUUCUCGAUACUCAGCUAAGAGUUAAAAAAUCAAAUAUGGAUUUACAAGGUCCAGUAUUUAAAGAAAUUAAAAAAAUAACAAGUAAUGAAAUCAAUAAUACAAAUAAGAUUGCCGAAAUUGGUUGGACUAUGGCUAUCGAAGACCCAAUUAAUGGCUUUAGAGAUGGUUUUGUAGUUAUCAAAGGUGAAAUAGAUCAAUCAAUAUACAACAUUUCAGUUUCAUUCAAUAAUGUUAAAAAUGGUGGAAAUAAAUUUUUAGGAGAAUAUGAUUUCAAAUUCAAUCUUACAUAUCCAUGUAUUUCUCAACAAUACAUAAUCAGUGAUGUUUUAUUAAUUGAUAGUGUAAAUAGAAAAUCUGAAUUUUCAAUACUUCCUUAUAAUCCAAUUUAUUCAGCAAUAUCAAACCCCUUUUUAUAUUUUUUAAAUAAUCCAAAUAUAAAUAAGAUUCAAGUUCAAUGUACCAAUCAUCCAUCUGCCUCAACUGAUACUACUGCUCCAGUGUUAAAAUCAUUCAUUCCAUCAAAAACAACGAUUGAUGUCAGUGCAUUAGAUAGAAGUGUUACAUUUACUUUUGUUGCAGAAGAUUUGGAAAGUGGUCUAAAAGCAAAUCAAUAUCCAAUUGUUUAUCUUACAGAUACAACCUCCAGAUCUAUUGAAUGUAAAUCAAGUAUUAUCGAAAUUACUGAAACCAAUGCAACUUAUUCAUGUACAAUUCAAUUACCAGUUGGAUUUGGCUAUUCUUAUCCAAACAUGAUUCUUCUUUCAGUUUAUGGUUUUGUUAAUAACAAUGGUAUUUUUGGAGGUUUUUCAUCAAAUACUUUAAGCUUGAACCAUACAAGCUCAAUUACAGUAACCUUUUCAUCCGACCAACCUUUAAUAAUACAACAUCAAUUGAUAACUGAAAGAGGAGGCAACUUAAUUUUAAAUGGUAGAAAGUUCAGUAUUGAUUCCGAAGCAUAUAUUACUUUUAAAGAUGGAUCAGUAUCUAAAAUUAAAACCGAUUUUAUCUCUAGUACAGCUGUUAAAAUUCCAAAUGUCAAAGCAACAAAAGACCAUUAUCAAAUAUAUAUUAAAUCAUCAAAUAUAAAUUCAAAUACAAUUACAGUUACACCAGUAGUUUUCGACUAUUAUAUUCAUGGCGAUCCAGAACCAACAUUCCCGCCAACAGUCACACCAGUACCAACCAACAAACCACAACAAUGCAAAGGUAACCCAGCAUGUGGUGGUCCAACAAAUGGAAAAUGUAUCGAUAAUCAAGGAUGUGUUUGUUAUUCACCAUGGGUCGGUAUCGAUUGUCAAUCUCAAAUUGUAAUCGUUGAUCCACCAAUCUUUAAUAACGGAAGCGAUAACUCGACUUCUCCAUCAAUCGAUAUUGUUGUACCUGAUAAAAACAAUACCAAUGGAAAUAAUAACACAACACCAAUAACCUAUCACUCUUUGAUUUCGAUUAUAUCACUUAGAGAAAUAAAUAUUCAAAAUGAAGUUGUAAAAACAAUAACAUUCAAAGAUGAUUGGCUAUCAAAACAAAUUGAUGAUUCAACAAUACUUUUUUAUAAAGAAUUUACAAAAUCAACAACAGAUGCAACUACAAAUAUUACAGUAACUUUGAAAUGGUUCAAAAAUCAAACAACAAUUUCAUUUGCUCAAGAACAAUUAUUAAUGAACCCAUCAACACUUAAAUACACAAUCGAAAUAUCAAACUAUCCAUUCGAAAAUUCACUUAACCACUUAGAACUAAUAAUGUCAGCAUCAAUGCAAUCAAACACAACCGAUGAUAUUUGCUCCGCAAAAGAAUUUGGAGAAACUACCAAUGGUGAUAAUUCAAACUAUUUAAAGAUUCAAGUCGACAACUAUUCGUUAUAUGGUAGAUUUAUCAGAAGAGGUAUUAUCGAUUCAACAAUUAGAACAAUUUCGAAUAUUUUAUUAGAUAAAGAUAUGAAUCCAAUUACAUCAUCAAAAUCAUUACAAUCAUAUAUAGGUAUUCAAAUUCCAUACUAUAAAGAAUCAGCAAUUAUCGACCCUGAUUUUUCAAUUCUCAUCGAUUCAUACAAAGCAUCAUCAGUAUCAAACUCAAUAUGUUCAAACCAAUCAAAAUUGAGUGGUGCUAAAUUAGCAGGUAUUAUAAUAGGUGGUGUUGCAUUUAUUGCUGUUAUUACCAUCUCUAUUAUUUAUUACAUUUUCAAAAAAAGAAUUGGUGCAAGAAUUUUUAUUUCAAAGAUUUUUUUGAAAUUAAAUAAUAAUAAUACCAAGAAUUUGCACAUGCAAAACUUGUAA